AUGAUCGCUCGAGCUAAUGGGUAUAUUCGGACGAGGAGAUCUGCACGAUGUCCUAACGAGCAGGCCGAGAGCAUUCUGGGAAAGGACUGCUACAGCACCGGUAAAGAUAACUUGAAGACGCAACGAUCCUCAAACGCGAGAUAUUGUCUCGGUUUACGGAUUGUCGGAAGACUUAGCCAAGAGAGCGGGCAUCACGCUGAGAAUCGUGUGCCUGCCACGCAGCAAGCGGCAAUGGAAGAUGCCACGUUAGAACACUCCUAUUGCGUUGACGUCAUGCGUGCUCGACUGUAUAACGAGAAGCACCUUCAAGCGCCAUUCGAGGAUGCAAGAUUGUACGAGGCUAAGGACACCCCUAAUGACGCACGAGCGUUUGAAGUUAUGUAUGCUCUUUGUUUGGUGGCCCGCUGUUCGCCACUUGGAACACAGUGCCGCCGUGCCCCGGCGGUAGGCCUAGACUUCGCGGCUGCACCAACGCCAUUCGCGGACCAUGGAAUGAUAUACAACAGGGGCAGUAGCAGGAACACGCAGCUACGAUAUUUUGCCAGUGGGAGCGUGUGCACGGGCACGGGGAUUCAGAAUGCCUGGCGAGAGAAAAAAACCGGUGUUGGCGAGUGGGGAGCGGAUUACCCAAGUAUGAGCCGUUCGAAUUAUCGGUUAUCGAGUUUUGGAGUUGAUCAAUGAUGCAGAGUCAUAGAAGAACUCUCCCAUCCACGAAUUACAGAAGAAUCGCCUUUGUACCAUGCCGCAAACAUGGAGGUACGCCAAGAAGGGAUUGAUCGAGGCGAGCGUUCACAUCUGCAGUUGUCGAGUACUAGUCCCAUUAUCGACUCGACCAGAGCGCAACAGGGCCGAUCCAUGAACAGCCGGACUCACGGGAGCCCACAAAGGGAACGAAAACAGGGAUGGGGGAAGGGGAUCACUAAGUGGGGCACCAUAC